CACGCUGGUCCCAAUCAGAAGCCGCUCCUCAUGAACCGGGAACUCGCCCUUGCGGCUCUGACAUAACCGACAUUCGUCAGAAGCCAUUUCCGACUUUCCGAACAACCAUAAUCAUGGCUGCCGUUCGCUAUAAAUGGCGGCAACGCCCUUGCCGGCCUUCACCGGCCUUCGUUGGUCCACUAUGCCUCAUCCGUGAAAAAGCCGCCCAUACAACCGCCGUCCCCCCUCCUGCGACCAAGCCGCAGACGCAACAACGGAACCGUUUCCAUGCCGCGCCCUGCGACCGCCACGGCUCGCCGACCCGGUGCCAACGGUGCCCUCGAUAACCAUGCCCACUUUCUUACGCAAUUUGCUGAGCAGGAGGCGCGCAGAAGAGUCGACAACCGACCGGUGCCGCUGUCCGCCGAGGAGCAUGCGAAGAACCGACAGCGAUUGAAGCGCGCCUUCGUCAAGCCCGUGCUGGCUGCAGAAAGCCAGAUCAACAUCACUGGCAUGCUUACAAAAUGGAAACGGUACUGCGAGGAGAAAAAGGUGGGCGAUCCUGAGGCGACCCUGAAAAGCUUGUCGCGAGAGACGACAAUGGAUUUUUUCCUUUACGUCUGCGGGAACUGCACCAUCAAAUCAUGGGGCACGACGCACGUAUAUAUCCGCCAGUUCCAGCAGCUUUACACCACGAUUACGGGACAAUUUAUGGACCGAAACGACGCGAGGGAAGUAUACAAGUACCAUCGUCAGGUUUUGAUUCCCCGCUUCAGCCUCCGGCCCCCCAAUAUCCACGGCAAGCCAGUCGUCAGCGUGGCCGAGUUGCGCAUCAUCCUGACGUUCAACAUCGCUUACGACACGGGCGUCUUCCCCGGCGAACGGCAACGCAUCAACCUCGCGGGUUGCUAUUUGAUCCAAUGCUAUACUGGGGCCAGGCCUGCCGAGCUCGUCUACAACGAGAGGCCGAAAUCCAAGCUCGUGGAAGAGCUCUUCGGCUCUAAGGUCGUCCUUCCGCCCAGCGCCGACCGGGGAGAAGGCCAGGGAGAGUGGGAUGACUCGGACGAAGCUGCGCCUAAUAAACAAUCCCUGCCGGUAGAUGAGCUGCUGUCCGCGGAGACCAAAGGACGCGGGCGGCCGAAGGCUCUCUGCUACGAGGACAUUCAGCUAAUGGUCGUCCGCCAUCCGGUAACGGGUCGGGCAACCCCCGCGAUGGCCAUCAAGUUUGUCCAUCACAAGGGCUCGGAUAACAGACCAAAACCGACCAUCUUCUACUUUACGCCCACCAAGAAGUUGAUUUUCUGUCCCGUCAGCGUCAUUAUCGCGCUCGCGCUGCACGACCACGCUUUUGAUGCGCCGAGCUUGACAAACGCCUCGCAAGUGCUGGGCACCAGCAUCUGGGGGUCCAGGGAGUGCAUGCCUCUGCGGUGGAAGCAGUCCAUGCUCAAAAUCCCCGUUUUCCGCCGCUUUGGCCCCAACGGAGUCCUCUCCGACACUGAGGCCAUGCUUUACGCCAAGCUUAGAGACGACCUGGGCCGACAGAGCCUAGAGGCGGGAUUCGAGGUUUGCUGGACACCGAAGUUCUUCCGCAGAGGAGCCGCGAACGCUGCGAACGGGAACGCCCCGGACGUCGUCCGAGACCAGAUGAUGCGCCACGAUCCCAAGUUCUCGACUUUUCAUGGUGCCUACCUCAACGAGAGGGUCAAGUUCGAUUUGCAGAAUACCUUCCUCGAAGAAGAGACGGAAGAUCAGCUGUACAAACUGUUCGCGCACGUCAGCAUUACCCGCGACCCUCGGGCGAAACGUGACAUGGUGCCAGACGAGGUGUGGGCGAACCUGCCUCCAGACCCUGAAAUCGUCGAGUUGGAAGAGCAGCGAACGGCGCUUAAGCAGGGACAGUAUCGCAUUCGGGGCCGGAAGGACGAGGCAAAGAUUCGCGAACUUACCGAGAAGAUUAAGCGCAGGCGGGCACAACGCGAGAACAUGGUUGUGAGAGAUUACCGCGAGUACUACUUCUACCACCGGCCGACCUGGGACGUCGAGAGGCAAGCACUGGGCGAGGUGGAGGAGGACCAGAUAACUGGUCUGACGACGAGAUUUUUCACCACCGUAUUGAGGUCAUCGAUCUGA